GAGGCCAACUCAUUUAUCAAAAACCAACAAACAGGAGCAAGGCGACCGCACAAACACACACACACACACACACAAACGAGCGAUGAGCAAGCAGAAGAUGAACACCUCAAGCUCAGUCCAUCAACACCAACUCAGUCGGAAGAAUAAUGACUCACAUUCCAGGAAACUACAUAUCAACUAUCAAGACUUCGUUCCGAUUACCAAGAAGACUAGCAACCCCCCUAAUCCUCCUCCUAAACGGAAACGAUCCCUUUCGGCUCUCAAGUUAGAUCUGCUAGCUACUACCAGUCAUAACACCCUCAACCAACCAUUGAAGAAAAGCAAGCCUGGAUUCUCUUUCCUCUCAUCAGCAUCCACCGCAUCAACAACUUCACACGACACCGCUGAAGCCUAUUCAAGAAGAAUCAUUUGCCAUCACCCGCCAAUCGGAAUCCAAUCCUUUUCAACAUAACCAACUUCAAUUCACUAAAACCCGCGGAGAAGAAGAAAGAAAAAAAUCCAAAAGAUGACGUAUUAUGGAGAUCGCUAUUUUCAGAACU